AUGCUACCAAUACUAAUCAGAGUAGAGGAGAAUAAUUUCGAGGACAAUAUGACUCAAUUGCUCAUUCACAACCCUUCACCAAUGUCCGCCGACAUCCAAUUUGCUCUUCUCAAUGAUGCUCUUUCAGAGCACUUCUCUGUCCGGCCUUUAUCACUAACUCUUCCAUCGGGGGAAUCACAUCAAGUCACGAUAUAUGCAUUCCCACGAGCUAUCGGCCGCGUCGAGGACUCUCUAGUCUGUUGCAUCCGAGAAAACCCUGAGCCAGUCGUCUUUCGGCUUGCCUGUAACGGGGUCUUGCCAGAGCUCGAGAUUGACAAACGUGUGCUGCAUUUCGAUAGAGCUCUGAUACAAAGGUAA